GAGAGUGUGAGAGCUCAGCCGCUCUGCACGCUCAGAAUGCGGCUGCUGCUGUAGACUCGUCCCGCUCCCGUUCCCUGGGACGCCAACACUGAACGGGAAACAUGUGCAACACUAAACAGACAACCUGCCUUUACAGAAAACGAGAGUUCUGGGGUUUGGUCACUCUCCUUCUUUACACCAGCCCCCUCUCCUGCUCAUCAAAUUUCAGUCACCUCAUUUAUAAGAUAAAAGAAGGUUUACCUAAAGGAAAGCUCAUAGGGGCUAUCGGUAAAGAUUUAAACUUGGAUCUGACAAUAGAGCCCCCACGUUCAUUCAAUCUGGAACAAAAGACGGCAAGCCAGCAGUAUGUGAAUUUGAAUAACACGUCAGGGGAGCUGUUCACAUCUGCCGUGGAGAUCGACAGAGAAGCUCUGUGUGAAAACUCUCAUGAAGGUCAGGGCUGCACAAUCUUCCUGGAUGUGCUGAUCCUUCCCCAACAGUACUUUCAGUUAGUUAAGAUCAGAAUCAUCAUUGAAGAUGUCAACGACAACCAUCCACAUUUCCCCAUAGAUGAAAUCAGACUAUCUGUGCCAGAGAAUGCACCGGUUAACGCCAGGUUUGCAGUGGAGCAGUCUGCGGUUGAUCCUGACAUUGGGAUUUACGGCGUUCAGACAUACUGGCUUAUAAAUGACUAUGGAGUUUUCACUCUAGACGUUGAGGAGAAUGAAGGGGGUGAACUGACGCCCUUCCUCAUCAUUACCGAGUCUCUCGAUAGAGAAACACAAGCGGAGUAUGUAACUGACAUCAUAGCGGAGGACGGGGGCUCUCCGCCACUCCUGGGCACUGCAACUCUGAGGAUUAUUAUCACGGACGUCAAUGACAACUGCCCUAAGUUCACAGAGUCGCAAGUAAAUGUUACGCUUUAUGGGAAUGCCACUAAAGGUACCCAGCUGGCUCGUCUCCAAGCCUAUGACCCAGACGAGGGGGCCAAUGCCCUGAUCACAUAUACCUUUAGCGAACGGGUCACCCAAGAAAGCAGGAACCUGUUUCAUUUGGAUAGAAUCACAGGGGUCCUUAAGCUAGAGGGAAAAAUAGACAACAACACUGGAAAGCUCUUCAAGAUAAUCGUACUCGCCAAUGGGCCGACAUGUAUUCCAGAAGUUGCAACAGUUUCUGUUCAUGUUAUCAAAGAGCUCUUUGGCCCACCAACAGUUAUACCACGCUACAUCGCAUUAGAAAAGGAUGGUGUCGUCAAUCUAAGUGAGUCAGAGCCACCAUUUUCCCCAAUCGCAUUUUUUACCAUCAAAAACACUGACCCACGACAGAAAGUAGAGUGUCAUUUAGAGGGUACCGGUCCAUUCCGGCUUGUACCCUAUGAGCAUUUCAAGAAUGAGUAUUUGUUUGAGACCACUGAACUACUGGAUUAUGAGCAGCAACAGGAUUAUGAAAUGAUUGUAGUGGUUCGUAACUCUCAUGGACUAGUAGUUAAAACAAUUGUAAAAGUCCAUGUACUGGACGUUAAUGACAACGCUCCGGUUUUCAAGAAAUCCCUCAUUGAAAUUACAGUGGAUGAGAACAACCCUCCAAAUACGUUCCUCACCCAACUUCAGGCAACUGAUGCGGACAGUGACAGCAGGGGCGAGGUGUAUUACCAACUUGGUGCCGACGCUCCCACCAUUUUCCACCUGGACAGGUUGACCGGAGUCUUGACCGUGUCCACAUCUCUUGACCGAGAGGAAAAGGAAACCUACCGAUUCAUGGUGCGAGCCGUGGACCGAGGAACGCCAAGAAAGGAGUCAAUCGCCACUGUGAUAAUCACUGUGCAAGAUCGUAAUGACAACAGUCCUCGCUUCAUCAACAAGGAUUUCACUUUCUUUGUCCAGGAGAACUUUCCAGAUUUCGGGGAAAUUGGGGUGCUUACUGUCACGGAUGCAGAUGCAGGGGAAAACGGCUGGGUGGCUCUGUCCAUCAUCAACGGAAGUGACAUCUUUGUGAUUGACACAGGACGAGGAGCAUUAAGGGCAAAGACGCCUCUAGACAGGGAGCAACAGGGGACAUACUAUGUCUGGAUUGAGGCCGUUGACGGAGGUGAACCCACCCUUUCUUGUGUCACUAUGGUGACCAUUCUCCUCCUGGACGUCAAUGACAACCCUCCAACUGUUCUUUUCCCCCAGUCCAACCAGUCUUACAUGCUGGUUCUUCCCAGCACGCUCCCAGGAACAUCUAUAACGGAAGUCUACGCCGUGGACCGGGACACGGGAAUGAAUGCUGUUAUUGCAUACAGCAUCAUCAAGAGAACGGAUGGAGAGCCAGGCUCAUUUGACAUUGACCCAUACACUGGAAACAUUACCCUGAAGAAAGCCCUGAGCAACCGAGGCCUCUACAGUCUUUGGGUCAAAGUCAGGGAUCAUGGUCAACCAGAGCUUUACUCUACAGUCCUGGUCAACCUUUUUGUGAACGAGACGGUGAGCAAUGAGUCCCACAUUCAGAGUCUGUUGCCCAGGGUGGCAGAAAUCGAGGAGGAGGUUCCUCCCGUCAAGAAACCGAGGGAGGGUGAUCGAGUGCCAAUUCCAUGCAGCGAGUACCAGGUCGUACUGCUCGCUCUAACAGCUACCUGCCUGGGACUGUUUCUUACAGUCUUGUCAUUGGUUACGUACAUUUGCUGCAAGAAGAUGAGAAAGCCUAAAAAGAAACGGUUGGAUGUUGAGAUUCCUUUAAAACUGAACCAUGAAACACUGGACAGGAACCCAAUGGAAAUUUCAAACAUAUGACACUGGACAGCGCAGAGACUACAACAGACUACUUUACUGCCCAAAUCAAUCUGUUUACAGUGUGUUUUGUGCAACUUAUCUAUUGAUUUUAAAAUUAUUUGAAAAUAUAAUGUAUAUAUUGUGCAUACUGUGUUUUAUACCUACAAUGAAAUAUAUAUAUAUAU